CUUCUUCGUUUGAGUUUUCCGAUCCCAUCAAAGAUGGUAAACAUGAUCUUCCUGCUGUUUAUGAUUCUGGGUUUGUUUUUGAUUCUCCGAUUCUUAUCGAAAACAUCCGUAUUACACAUCCUUCUCCGCCAUUUCCAGUCUUUGGAAGAUAGGCUUCAUGUUCACCAAUCCUAUAGAGUUCCCCAGUUCAACCAUCUUUUCCAAGAAAACGAGCUCUAUGUCAAGGUGUCAACGUAUCUCAGCUCUCUCCCUUCCUUAGAAGACUCGGAUUUCACCAACCUUUUCAGCGGUUCCAAGUCCAAUGAUAUCCUUCUUCGCCUUGAUGUCAACCAGACAAUCCGGGAUGUGUUCCUCGGCGCCAGAGUCACCUGGACCAUCGAGAAAUCUGAAAAGGAUGGACCAAGAGUAUUGGUGUUGAGGCUCAGGAAGAAGGAUAGGCGUAGAAUUCUACGUCCCUAUCUCCAACACAUACUGUCUGUCGCCGGCGAUAUCAGUCAAAGGAAGAAAGGGCUCAAGUUGUGCAUGAACGUUAGCAGCUCAUCAGGCGAGAACGGACGGUGGAGUUCGGUACCGUUCAAUCACCCCGCAUCGUUCGAUACUGUUGUAAUGGACAUUGAUUCGAAGAACGAAGUCAAAGCUGACCUCGAAACAUUCCUCAAGUCCAAGCAAUUUUAUCAUAGGCUAGGCCGUGUUUGGAAGCGGAGCUAUCUUUUAUACGGCCCGUCCGGUACUGGAAAAUCCAGCUUUGUAGCGGCAAUGGCCCGAUUCCUCAACUUCGAUGUGUACGACAUCGAUUUGUCCGAAGUUUCAGACGAUUCUGAUUUGAAGAUGCUCUUGCUUCAAACUACUAGUAAGUCCAUGAUCGUGGUUGAAGAUCUAGACCGUUUCUUAAUGGGGAAAUGCAGGGAUGUUAGCUUGUCGGGGAUACUGAAUUUCAUUGAUGGAAUCAUAUCCUGCUGCGGCGAAGAACGGGUGAUGGUAUUCACAAUGAACAGCAAAGAAGAAGUUGAUCGAGCAGUGUUGAGGCCUGGGAGGAUCGAUGUUCAUGUACAGUUUCCAUUAUGUGAUUUCUCUUCUUUCAAGAACUUGGCUAGCAAUUACUUGGGCGUCAAGGAACAUAAACUUUUCCCUCAGCUUGAGGAGAUUUUCCAGGGAGGGGCUAGUUUAACCCCGGCCGAGAUCGGGGAGAUCAUGAUUUCUAAUCGGAGCUCACCAACUCGAGCAUUGAAAUCAGUCAUCACGGCAAUGCAAACCACUGGCGGUAUUAAAAGCAGACGAUCGAGCUGCGACAACGAAUCGAUUCGGAAUACAGAGGAAACGAGUGGCGAUCUAGGGGGGCUGUUUAGCAGGGAUCAUUCGGUUAGAGAUUUUAGAAAACUAUAUGGACUUCUAAAGAUGGGAAGUAGAAGAAAAGAGGAGUCAUUGGAUUUUAGGUACGGUUGACAAAGACGGCACAUCAUGAAGCUUGUAACAAAUAGAAUUGUUGUA